AUGCAUCAGCAGGUGACCAGCAGUGCAAAGGCAAACCUAGAGUAUCGGCGGUACCAUGCGGAGCUAAAUAACUGGCAAUGGGUCAUGAAUCCGAAGCCAGAGGACUCGAUUGUGCGGGAUGUUUAUACGCCAGAUGGAAGACACCAUGUUAUCAAACAGGAAAUGGCCAUUUCAAUAUUUGAGAUCGGCAAAACAUGGAUGGCCAUCGCCUGCACAGAUGCAGGAGGGGACCUCACAAAGGGCACGAUGCUCCCGUGGCUCGAAGAGGUGGGACCGGUGGCACCGACGAUCGUCCCCAUCAUUCAAUACCGGCCAAAAUGUGCACUAAAUUCCCGUGUAAUACCGAAGACUAAGGGAAACGCCCAAAGCCUCGCCGUCUUUCCCGAGCGCGACGGACACCGCCUAGAUUGGGCAUCUGCCAAAUCAGACCGCUUCCCAAUUCUAUCCGAGGUCUUCAGACUAUCCGCGUUCUCGCGGAAGCAGCUCCUAAACCUCUUACAAACCAAGAUAAUCGCUGAGACAAAUCGGCUGCAGCAAACCUACGGACUUCCGGAAUUACUCUCUGUGCUCGGGAAACCGACAUUUGCCAAUCUACUCUACUAUCGGAAUAUCCUCCAGGACCAAGUGACCGACCUCUCACAAAUGCUGCUGCUCACAAACGGGGAGAGCAGAAUUUUCCACAACAGCGCCUCCCGUCCGGUCACGGCCCACAAUGCCAUGGACAUGUACGAGGUGCACAGCCUGCUUCAAGACCUCCAUCUCCAAGCGCAGUCCCUUGUUGAGAAAUGUUCCCAGGGCAUGACGGUUAUCAGCAACAACAGCAUGCUCGAGGAAUCUCAGCGCGCCAUCCAGUAG